AAAUCUGGAUUAAAGUCAACUGAGUGAGAAGUCUCAGUCAACGGCGUCAACGCAGGAGACUUCAUAUCAACGAAGCCCAGAAACAGUUGCAUGCAUGCGAUACUGUAUGCUCUGUUUACUCCACUUGUAAUUCUAACUGCCACUGCGACUGUUUAGGGGAUGUGGAAGUUGAAGAUCGCGGAGGGUUCGAGCCCUUGGCUGCGCACUGUAAAUGGACACGUCGGCCGCCAAGUCUGGGAGUUCGAUCCCAGUCUCGGCUCUCCCGAAGAGCUGGCCGAGAUCGAGAAGCUUCGCAAGGAGUUUCGCGAUCAUCGUUUCGAGAAGAAGCAUUCUUCGGAUCUUCUCAUGAGACUUCAGUUUGCGAAGGAUAAUCGGAGCUCCGUGAAUCUGCCCCAAGUAAAAGUGAAUGAUGUGGAAGAUAUUACGGAAGAUAAAGUGGCAAAUACAUUGAGAAGGGGCAUCGGUUUCCAUUCAACUCUGCAGGCUGAUGAUGGUCAUUGGCCAGGAGAUUAUGGAGGUUCACUGUUUCUAAUGCCUGGACUUGUCAUUGCACUAUCUGUUACUGGGGCAUUAAAUGCAGCGUUUUCAGAAGAGCACAAACGUGAGAUUCGUCGUUAUCUCUAUAAUCAUCAGAACGAAGAUGGUGGAUGGGGUCUGCACAUAGAGGGUCUAAGCACCAUGUUUGGUUCCGUUUUGAGCUACGUUACUUUGAGAUUGCUUGGUGAAGAAGCAGAUGGUGGAGAUGGAUCAAUGGUGAAAUGUCGAGAAUGGAUCUUAAGUCACGGUGGGGCUACGGCAGUAACGUCAUGGGGAAAGAUGUGGCUCUCGGUACUUGGGGCAUUCGAAUGGUCUGGGAACAAUCCUAUGCCACCUGAGAUGUGGCUUCUUCCCUAUAUUCUUCCGUUCCAUCCAGGAAGGAUGUGGAAUCAUUGUCGAAUGGUAUACCUCCCUAUGUCCUAUUUGUAUGGGAAAAGAUUUGUUGGCCCAAUCACACCCACAGUACUUUCUCUGAGGAAGGAGCUUUAUACACUUCCAUAUGGUGAAAUAGACUGGGACAGAGCUCGCAAUGAAUGUGCAAAGGAAGAUCUCUACUACCCCCACCCUAUUGUACAAGACAUACUUUGGGCUACCCUUCACAAAGUUGUGGAACCCAUUUUGAUGCAAUGGCCCGGGAAUAAGUUGAGAGAUAAAGCUCUACGAACUGUAACGGUGCAUAUACAUUAUGAGGAUGAGAACACAAAUUAUAUAUGUUUAGGUCCUGUGAACAAGGUGCUAAAUAUGCUUUGCUGUUGGGUGGAAGAUCAAAAUUCCGAAGCUUUCAAAUUGCAUCUUCCAAGAAUCUAUGAUUAUCUGUGGCUUGCUGAAGAUGGCAUGAAAAUGAUGGGAUACAAUGGAAGUCAGUUAUGGGACACUGGCUUUGCUAUUCAAGCCAUAAUUUCAACAAAGCUUGGUGAAGAAUUUGGCCCAACUUUAAGAAAAGCACAUACAUACUUGAAGCAAUCCCAGUUGCUACACGACUGCCCUGGCAAUCUAGAGUUUUGGUAUCGUCACAUUUCCAAAGGUGCCUGGCCAUUUUCAACCGGAGACCAUGGAUGGCCGAUUUCAGAUUGCACUUCUGAGGGACUGAAAGCAGUUCUGCUACUGUCAAAGCUACCAGCUGAAACUGUGGGUGAAUCACUGGAUGCAAAGAGGCUGUAUGAUGCUGUGAAUGUUAUUCUAUCACUACAGAAUGCAGAUGGAGGCUACGGAACAUAUGAGUUGGCACGUUCCUAUAACUGGUUGGAGCUAAUCAACCCUGCUGAAACUUUUGGUAACAUCAUCAUUGAUUAUCCCUGUGUUGAAUGCACCUCAGCUGCAAUUCAAGCAUUAGCAGAAUUCAUGCGAUCACAUCCUGAUCACCGAAGAGAAGAAGUGGAGAGCUGUAUAGAAAAAGGUGCUAAAUUCAUUGAAAAGAUUCAAGAAGCAGAUGGCUCCUGGUAUGGAAACUGGGGAGUUUGCUACACUUAUGGAACGUGGUUCGGGGUGAAAGGCCUCGUGGCAGCUGGGCGAAGCUCCAGUGGUAGCUCUGCCAUUCGCAAGGCUCGUGAUUUUCUGCUGUCUAAACAGCUUCCUUGUGGUGGCUGGGGAGAGAGUUAUCUCUCAUGUCAAAACAAGGUGUAUACAAAUCUAAAAGGCAACAGGUCUCAUGUGGUGAAUACAGCAUGGGCAUUGAUGGCUCUUGUUGAAGCUGGCCAGGCUGAGAGAGAUCCGAUGCCGGUGCAUCGUGCAGCAAAACUCCUAAUAAAUUCUCAAUGUGAAAAUGGGGAUUUCCCGCAGCAGGAGAUAAUGGGAAUCUACAAUGGGAAUUGCACGGUUUCGUAUGCUGCAUACAGGAACGUAUUCCCUAUCUGGGCGCUAGGCGAAUACUUUUGUCACGUUUUACGCAACCAAAGCUAAAUAAUUCAUUCUAAAAAUAAAUAUGUAGUAUAAUAAACUUUGAUGUAUGCUAUUCAAUAUACUGAUUCAGUUUGCUAAUGUAUACAAAAUACAUACAUGACAUGAGUAUAUCUGAUGAGAUACUUUGUCCCACAA